AGUUUCCUCUGCUUUUGAAGUCGAUGGUUGGGAAGGACGCAAGCAUUUAAAAAAUUGACGUUUUUGAUAAUUAGCCAGUGAAAUGAUGUGAGAUCAGAGACUUUACCAGCAGCACCUUGAACAUACAGCAGGAAGUGACAAUGGCCAGACUGAAGUAUGCCAGUGACAUGGACAAGUCAGUCCUGCUCAAUAACUUCGAGGCCAGAGGAUGGGUACCUGUCACUCCGGACGAUGACUGGAAUUUUUACUGGGCCAAUGUACAAAGUAUUAGAAAUGUUUUUAGCAUUGACUGUGGCUUCAGACUGGCUGAUGACCAAGUGAUCAGUCACUUUCCAAAUCAUGUUGAACUGACCAGAAAAGAUCUGAUGGUCAAAAACAUCAAGAGAUACAGGAAAGAUUUGGACAAAGAAGGCAGUCCUCUGGCGGAGAAGGAUGAGAUGGGACGUUACAUCCAUCUAGAUUUUAUUCCCCAGACCUUCAUGUUACCAGCAGAUUACAACUUGUUUGUGGAGGAAUUCAGGAAAAACCCAAACACUACAUGGAUUAUGAAACCAUGUGGAAAAGCUAGAGGAGUGGGGAUAUUUCUGGUAAACAAAUUAUCCCAGCUAAAAAAAUGGUCCAGGGAUAGCAAAACAAGCAAUUUUACUCCACCUACAUCAAAGGAUACUUACGUCAUUUCUAAAUACAUUGAUAACCCACUUCUGAUUGGAGGAAAGAAGUUUGACCUUCGACUUUAUGUUCUUGUUACCUCUUUCAGACCCCUCAAGUGCUAUUUGUUCCGUUUAGGUUUUGCCAGGUUCUGUACAGUUAAAUACAAUGCCAGUAUUAACGAGCUAGACAACAUGUUUGUACAUCUUACCAAUGUCUCCAUCCAAAAACAAGGGGAUGAUUACAAUGCAGUGCAUGGAGGAAAAUGGACUGUGCAAAAUCUGCGACUAUUUCUGGAGGGGACAAGAGGGAAAGAGGUUACUGAUAGACUGUUUGAUGAGAUGCAGUGGCAGAUCGUCCACUCAUUAAAAGCUGUGGCCGGAUGUAUAUCCAAUGACAGACACUGCUUUGAGUGCUAUGGAUAUGAUAUAAUCAUAGAUGAUAAUUUAAAGCCUUGGUUGAUUGAGGUGAAUGCCUCGCCCUCUCUGACCAGCACCACCUCUAGUGACAGAAUAAUGAAGUAUAAACUCAUUAAUGAUGUCAUCAAUAUUGUCAUUCCUCCGGGACAAGUUCCAGAUGUUAGAUGGAAUAAAGUACCAGCAAAGGAACACCUUGGAAAUUUUGAUGUUCUGUAUGAUGAGGAGCUGGCACAGCAAGAUCUAAUGGGAGGGGAUCCAAGAAAGUUAGGCCCGGGAACCUUUAGAGGAAAGAGAGAUGGGAGUCGGCCAUCACCUGCCACAUGGAAAUAAACCACAGAAUAUGACUCUCUCAGAGAAAAACAUCACUUCAAUUUAACCUUGAAAAAAGGUUUAGAGUCUUUCAUUUUCAGUAUUUGUAUCAAAGGAUUGUUUGUGAAAUGAGGAAGUUUUUAACUCUUGAAAAAACUGUGAUAUAGAUUCUAAUGUCAACAAUUGACUUAUAAUCAUCCAAUUUGUACAUUCCACCCUAAUUUAUAAAAACUUAUCCAAUGCUUUAAAACAUUAGAUAUUCAUAUUGCUCUGUGCAACAAUAAAUCUUCAUGAUGACUGCUUGA